CUCUCCGGCUUGCCAGCGCCUACGAUUCCUUCCGAUCGACUCUACGUCUCUACCAAACCUUGUGUUGCCGGCCGCACCACCAGACGUCCAGACGCACGCCGCCGGCCUCCGCGCCGCCGCAGCCGCGGGAAAGCUGCGGCUCUAGCUCAUCGAUCGGCCACCUUUAGCGUUUCGAGGUCGAGUCGCGGGAAGCCAUAGCCUCCGCUAAGGACAUGGAAGCGGAGGAGGACCAGAGCGCCCAGGUUCAGGGGCAGCCGGGGCGAAGGCCGCGCAGGGUGGCCCGGCGGCGGUCCGGCGUGUACGAGCACUUCACCCGUUUCAGCGACGGCGACGGGAACGACAGGGCGCGGUGCAGGCGCUGCCAGCUGGUGCUCGGCGCGAGCACCAGGAACGGCACCAGCACCCUGUGGACGCACGUCAGGAUUUGCUGGGGAGAAGAAGCCGCCGCCGCUGCGCGGCGGGCGCCACGGCCGCCGGUACCCGGCGCUUCCCCGUCACGCUCCCGUGGAUCCCGGGGUCGCCGGGAGACUGAUAGUGCAAGUAGUGCAGACCUUGCUCGGAUGAUCGCGCUGCACGGGUACGAUCCGUCGUUCGUGGAGGACGGCUACUUCAGGAGCUUCGUCCGCCGCCUGAACCCUGAAUUUGAGGUGCCCUCGCGCGUCGCCAUUGAGGAGAUGUGCGAUGGGAUCUUUGAUGAAGCAAGGAGGCAUUCCUUCUCCAGGAUAAGGCGCGCUCCUGGGAGGGUCAGUUUGGCAGUGGGUAAAUCUAAAACCAUCGAGGCAGGGAAAGUCAUUUAUGUAGCAUGCCAUUUCAUCGAUGAUCAGUGGAAUCUUCAUAAAGUCGUCCUGAAUGUCAUGGUCGAUGCAGAGAAUCAUGCCAUGGAUGGUCCAAUAUUGGGAGUCUUUGUGGUUGAUGAUCUUGUUGAUGUCGCCGAGCUUGUUAUUUCAGAGCAUGUGCAUAGGCUGUCCAUGGUGGCAUAUGAUAUUACUGACGACGAUUUUCACCCUGAACUGGAGGAUUACAUCGACCAAGACAUAAAUUCUGAUGCCAAUAAGCUAAGUUGUACCACUGCCACCUACGUGGACGCUGUGCUUCACUCGAUUGCUCGAUGCUUUCUUCCAGCUCCACAUUUCACUAGCCACAUUUCCUGGAACAUGAUCAGUUUAAAUUUGACUAGACAAGAGCGCCUGCAACUUCUUUCGGAGCUUGACCUCGACUUAGAAUGGGCAUUCGACGAGAGCUGGUGUGCGUGCUACUGUUCUUUGCAGGUUCUUCGCAAGCGAGGCUUUACUGAUCAGCUUGAAGGCACAGAGCCAUGUGAGCAACUAUUGUGCAAGGUCUGGGAGCAAGUAUACCGCGGCAUUCAGAGAAUUUCUGCCUCCACCUCUCCCACUUCGAAUCUGUGUCUUGCAGAGUUGUUCAAGCUGAGGGAAAUUUUGCAGCCUGAACUAGCCCGGCUCAAUGGAGAAGACGAAGAGGUUCAAAUACAAUAUGAUUGGUUUUUUAAUAACAUCGCCGUAGAUGUUCUUAGAGAGGCGAGUGACGCUUUGGACAGUGCUAUACAAGAUUCGUACCUGAUCUGGUCAGUACCACUUGCACUGGACCCCAGGUACAAAGUCAAGUACAUUGAAUUCUGUUUCGAAAGAGCGUUUGGUUCAGAAGCCGCAAAAUACGUCACCGAGGUGACCAAUACGAUCAGCAAGAUGUAUGCAGAUUACAUUAAAGAGUAUCGUACAAGCACUGAUGCAGAUCAUUCAGAUGGUGCCAAUGCGACAAUGGCCACUACUAGAGCAGAUCCAUUGGAGCAAGCAUGGAAUGAGCACUGCCUUUCACAGGAUUUCACGGUGACUCAGGUUGACAGCCGUAACCCAGAAACCCAGACGGAACUCGAUCGCUAUCUGCAAGAUCGUCCUGAACAUCCAACAAAGGAUUUUGACAUUCUCAAGUGGUGGAGGGCUCACAGCUCGGAGUACCCGAUGGUUGCUCGGAUGGCGAGGGAUGCUCUCGCCAUGCCCACAUGCAGCAAGCUUUCUUCUGACCAGCUCGCCCAGUUCAGGAGCAUACUUCGUGGUUAUUCCAAGAAACCGUACGGAGAUACAACCUUUUCAUCUUCGUCGUCAGCAGAAGGAGGUGACAUGAUUUAAUAUAGUAGCUCAUAUAAGUGUUGGAUUAUUUCUGCAUUUUAUUCAAGCUCCUGUUUUCAUCAGUUUGUUUGAGACGAGCGCGUCUUUAUUGCUACUCUCUUUGUUUCAAAAUAUAGGUCGUUUUAGUUUUUUUUAUAUUAAUAUAUUUUACUAUGCAUCUAGAUAUAUGUUAUCAUAUCUGGGUGCAUAGCAAAUAUUAUGAAUCUAAAAAAUCAAAACAAACUGCAUUCAUUUUGGAACGGAGGGAGUACCAUUUAUUUACCAAUAAGCUCGGGCACGAAUACGUGCAGAGCGGGAGUGAUUCACCUGACGUCGUGUGCCCGCCCCUCCUAUGUACUCUUUAUUAUGUAAUGGUACGUCCAUAAUUGUUCAA